UUUCCGGUUCGCGAAUUUCGUUCGAAUUUUGAGCUCGCGCUCAGCCACAGUUCCUCGGUUUUCAAUCGCUUUUCCAACAGUUAACAUUUUUCGUUGUAGCUAGACAACGUCCGAGCACGUAUAAAAUCGCAACAUGAAACCCAACAUCCAACCCGAUAACGAGAAGGGCAAGGUACACCUGAAACGAGAAUUGGGAUUAUUCAGCGCGGUCAACAUGAUCGUCGCCGUUAUGAUUGGUUCAGGAAUCUUUGUCUCGCCAACCAGUGCGCUGGAAAAUUCAGGAUCGGUGGGUCUGUGUCUGAUAGUCUGGACUUUAAGUGGGAUCGUCUCAUUGCUCGGGGCUCUAGGGUUUGCAGAGCUGGGCACGGUGGUGCCUCGAUCAGGUGCUGAAUACGUCUAUUUCAUAGAAGCCUUCUGUCCGAUACACAGAUACCUUGGCCCGAUACCUGCCUUUAUCUGCUCCUGGAUUUAUGUCCUGGUUCUUCGCCCGGCUGAAGUGGCUGUAGUCGUUUUAACGUUCUCCGAAUAUAUCAUACAGCCUUUUUCUCAUUUGAUUGGCGAUGUGCCAGCCGAAUCGAUGCAGAUGGUGAUCAAGCUCAUCAGCAUUAUGGCUCUGGGAUUGAUGACCUACAUAAACAUGACGAGUGUUAAACUCUAUGUCAGAGUACAGAACAUUUUUACAGUCUGCAAGGUAGCGGCGUGCAUCCUGAUCAUAGGUGGAGGGAUCUUUUGGCUUGGAUCUGGGCGAACAGAGCUUUUGAAAGACCCUUUUAAAGGGACAACGACGAACCCUGGGAACAUUGCACUGGCGUUUUACAGCGGACUCUGGGCCUACGACGGCUGGACCUCGGCUACAAUUGUUACGGAAGAAGUAAAAAGACCAGAAGUGAACAUACUGCGGAGUAUUCUGAUAUCGGUACCUAUGGUAACGCUUCUGUACGUGGCGAUGAACCUCAUGUACAUGGCUGUGCUCACGAUACCUGAAAUGGUGUCUUCUCCUGCAGUCGCGGUUCUCUGGGCUGAAAGAGCCCUACCAUCCUGGCUUGGAUACGCCAUCCCUUUGGGGGUCGCUAUUGCAACUUUUGGGUGUGGAAUUAGUGUGCAAUUUGGGGUAGCUAGGCUCUGUUACGUGGCUGGACAAGAAGGGCACAUUCCAGAAGUGUUCAGUUUCAUUCACGUCAAAAAGAUGACACCGACCGUUGCUGUUGCCUUCCAGGGUUUGACCACCUUCAUUUUUAUUCUGGUGGGAAACAUCACGGAGCUGAUUGAAUUUGCUAGUUUUCUAACCUGGGUAUUUUAUGGGCUGGCUAUGGUAGCACUCCUCGUGAUGAGGCACACAAAACCUGACAUCGUCAGGCCUUACAAGGUCCCAAUCUUUGUCCCUUGGCUCGUCAUUGCUAUUUCCAUUUUUCUUGCCAUUACACCGAUAGUGAAGGAUCCAUCGCUGAAGUACGCAUUUGCAGUGCUCUUCAUCCUGGCUGGAUGGGCCGUCUAUCAUCAUUACGUUUAUAAGAAGAAUGAAUCUAAGUUCAUGGAUAAAUUUACAAAAGGAACGCAAAUCUUGUUUCUCGUCGCUGCCCCAGACAGGAGGGAUUGACGGCGGUAAAAUUUCUAGGCAUAUAAUUCACAUCGACAAAGCGACACUUGAUUCUAUGACGAGCAUCUCGUGAGUAUGCUUCGAGGGGCUGUAGGAAUCCACGUGUUCCUAGCAGGCAAAAUGCAGGGAGCCCUUUUACUCGACAUUCACUGUAGUACCGUAAUUGUGAUACUAUGUUAUAAUAGCUAUCACCUCGACAGAGAGCCGGGCUCACUUUAAAAGUGUGUGUGAUUUCUGGUUUUGUACUAAUAAUAUGCCAGAUCGACUGCAAUAAAAAUUUACAGGAGCGGGUCUCUUGAAUGAAGAGUAA